AUGGCUCACUACCAGCUCCUUGACUUGGCUCCUGAAGUGCUACACAAUAUCUUCCAGAACGUUGAACCGGCCGACCUGGCGUCUCUAGCGAGGACAUGUCGCCACCUGAACAGCUGCAUCAGAAACGAUGACUUCCUCUGGAGACUCCAGUAUCUGGCCCGCUUUGAUCCCCCUGUAGACGACGACACCAAGUCCUGGCGAGAGAGACUGUCCCGCUUGACCCAGUCGCUGGAAGAAGUGCUAACACAGACCCUGAGGCUGGCCCAGCAAGCCACUGCAUCAUCCACCAAGAUUACCGACUUCCUGUCAAAUCUCUACUCAAAGGGCAUCAACAUCACUACUAUACUAUGCAGAUCUAGCCUCUUCGCCCGCGCCCGACCUCGACAAUGGCCCGCCGCGUCCUCGGAGGAACUACGUCAACUCUCCGCCCAACUCCAUGUUCUGGCAGGCACGAACUUGGACGCCCCCUGGCCGACCGGGGCUGGCCGAUUGUGUCCGCACGUAGUGUCUCCUCUUCGUGCCCCGUUUGAUGAUAGCUACGACGACGACGACUAUGAAGACCCGGACAUCGACGAGAAUGACCAAAGCGAAGAAGAAAGUCAUCUCCUCCGAAGCAGCCCACGCCCCAUGCGAGAUGUGCACCCCUGGGCACGAUCCCGAGUGUACGACUUGCGCCGAUACAACCAUUUAAACAUGUGGGGACCCUUCACUGACGACGGCACCCAACGCAUUGAUUGGGAGAAGGUACAGGCCAUCAUGAUCGUCCUUGGCUAUAAUCACAGAAUGUACACCGAACGACGCGGACUGAGCGACACAGACGUCCUCGGCGGCCUCCGCGGUUCUCCUCCACCAUCGACGGGCGAAGGAAGCAGAUCUUCAGCCUCGUCAGCCCGAUCCAACAUCCUCAAACCCUGGGAAACCCCCUUCUCCGGCAUCGCGCCCGACAGCUACGUCUCGUCCCCGCUUACGGGGAAAAUCAAACCGGCUCCUAAUCCCAGCCUGGACGCACUCGACCCCUAUGGCGUCACGGGGACGUGGAUGCGCAUCGUCUGCUUCCUCGACUACAACGACCUGUACCGGUUCAAUUUCGAAAGAAACAUCGACAUUCCCAUGGAUCAGGAACGGGAGCCCAUUACGACGCGAGAGGCCUUCCGACUGAUCAGCUUGCAGUUGCACGUCACGAGGAUCGAGGAGCAAGAGGAGAAAGGAGAAGACGGAGAGGAUCUGCUGCCGGUGGUGUAUUUCGAAGGGACCAGUCGGAGCACCUUUAUGGCGUGGGAUCCUAACGCCCAUUCCAGGAUAAGAGGCUCCGUCCGCCAAACCCCUACCAAGGCGAUCCGCUGGACGUCCUUCUCCAUCUUCCACGGCGAAGAGCGCUGGCGCUCCGAGGGCGUGCAGAUCGGCGGACUGCGCAGCGCCCGCGGCAUCCUGGGCAACUGGUUCGACAAGGACUACGACGUGCACGGCCCCGCGGGACCAACCGCCUUCUGGAAGGUGUCGGACGACAUGGUCGAGGAGAAGAGGCACAACUUGCCGCAGAUGCUGCAGAUUUUCAUGGCCGAGUAG